AUGUCCCUCAAGAGGAAGCCUCUGUCUCUUUCUGCUAAAGUUGAGAAUGUUGAAGAAGAAGACACACCAGAGAUGUCUGUGUUGGACUUGCCAGAACUGGUCUUGGAAUGCAUACUCGAGAGGCUUCCUCCCGACGCGCUUUUUCGAAUGACGGGUGUUUGUACUUCUUUGAGGGAGAGAUGCAGGAGUGAUCACCUUUGGGAGAAGCACAUGAAACAGAAAUGGGGCAGUGUUAUUGGCCCUGCUGCCUACAGGGAGUGGCAGUGGCAUAUUGCUUCCAAAACCGAUUUGGUUGAUGUCAAGCAGGGCAAGCAAAAGGGUCUCAUGAGAAUUCUAUCUCUUGGUUGGCCUUUCUCAUGGAUUAGAUCCAGGGUUGAUGAUCAUAGCCAGCAGAGGUGUUCUUUGCCAGCUGAUUCCAUCAUGUCCUGGUACCUUGCUCUUGAGACUGGCAGGUUCUGGUUCCCAGCUCAAGUCUAUAACCGCGAGAAUGGACAUGUUGGAUUUAUGUUGUCAUGCUAUGAUGCUGAAAUUAGCUAUGAUCCUCGCACUGACACCUUCCAAGCCAGGUACCCACCACAUGGAAGGCGAGCAGUUGCAAUUGAAAACGGUGUGCCUUGGGAAAGGCUUAGAGCACCACCAAUCGAGACUCCCCCUCAUGAUCUUCAUAUGUCUGACUGUUUGAAUGAGUUACAGCCUGGUGAUCAUAUUGAGAUUCAGUGGAGAAGAAACAAAGAAUUUCCUUAUGGUUGGUGGUAUGGUGUUGUGGGUCACCUAGAAUCAUGUGAUGGAAAUGAAAAUUACUGCCUUUGUCAUAAUAGUGACACUGUGGUGCUGGAGUUCAACCAGUACACGCAUGGAUCACGGUGGAGAUGCACAAACAUCAGCAGAAGAGACCAUCGAGAGGAGGGAAAUGAGGCAGAUGGGUUUUACGGGGGCAUCAGGAAGCUUAGAACCAAGGAAGAGAUUUCCACAUGGAAGAGACUUUGGCCAACUGAAGUCUUGGAAUAA